GUUGAAAACGCUCUGACCUCUCUCUUCUUAAUGUCCGCUUCACUCAACCCUCGUCCUUCAACUCAGGAGGGAGACCUUCUGAGUAGAUCAAUCAAACGAAUCAAAGGCGGGGAUUAUCCAGCAAUUGAUGAGGAUUAUCAAAUGAUCGAAAAUUCUACCCAGCCUUUGUCGUACAAAGAUCUGGUUCUACGCAACGAUUCGAUCGAAAUCUGUUGCGACGCAGCAACCAAUCUGGAUAUUCUGGAAGAGGAUUCGGAUUGUGAGGAUGAUGGCUCAAUUCCCACAAUCCUUAUUUCAAGAGAGGAGAAGAAAAGAAUACGCUCGCCAUGGCUUAAUUCCAUUAUCAUCAAGGCGUUCGGAACGAAAUCAGCGGGUUACAACUUCAUAUACCCAAGAAUCAAAGCUCAAUGGAAACCGAGAGGAAGGAUGGAUUGUGUUGAUCUUGGUGUGGAUUUUUUCCUCAUAAGAUUUCAAGAAAGAGAGGACUUGCUAAGAGUUCUGAAUGGGGGUCCAUGGUUUGUGGGUUCGUACUACUUAACUAUUCGACAAUGGGAACCGGCUUUUGAUCCAGAGAAAGCGGCGUUCACUACCACAGCUAUCUGGGCAAGACUACCCAGGCUGCCAAUUGAGUAUUAUGACGUGAAAAUUCUUGAAAGAAUUGGGAAAUUAUUGGGGAAGCCUCUGCGAUUGGAUGCUCAUACAGCACAUCAGACAAGAGGACAGUUUGUUAGGAUUUGCGUUCAAGUAGAUCUUGUUGAGCCGCUUGUCCCCUUUGUUAUGAUUGGUAAACAUAUCCAGAAAGUGUUAUAUGAGGGUCCAGUAGCUCUUUGUUUCUCCUGUGGAUGUGUUGGCCACAAAGAGAACUCCUGCCCACUUAAACUGUCGCAAGCCCCUGCUGUUAUGGAGGAGGACUCCCCCAAUUGUACCAAACCUGUCAACGAGGAUGCUAAAGAUGAUACUGUGAUAGAAGAGUGUCAGGGAUUUGGUCCAUGGAUGCUUGUUGAUAGGAGGAAAAAUAGGAGGAAGCUUAAUGGAAAGGCACCUGGUUCUGGGAAUCAACAGAGCAAUCUAAACUCCUCACAUGGAGGGAAACUGAGUAGCCAACUCACUGAGUCGCGAAGUGGGUCGAAGCGGAGGGACGAGAUGGUCAACACGUUGGGGAACAACCCAAUUAAUGAUCCUACCGUUGGCACUAACGGAAGCAUCAAUACUAACGGACCUCUGAACCAUUCCCAAAAUCAAGGACCCAAUCUUAGUGCUAACCAAAUUAGUUCAAAUGUUACUACCUCGUCCCAUACUAACUCUAUUUCUUUCAUGGUGCAGGAUCCUCAUGGAUUGCCUCGGGAUAAUGCAAAAGGGAAAGAUAUCUCUAUUACUUGCUCCAAGGGAACACGCAAAGAGGAUAAAUCUAAAAAAAUCUCUGCUGGUGGUCAUCCAAAAGAUGUCAAUAACCUACAAUCUUCGUCGCCCUCCACCAUUGGAAGUUUGGGCAAUGGAUCCAAGGACCUUCGGGAAGCUGUGCCGACUGUGGGACAUUUAUUUAGUCAACGAAGAGAACAACAUUUUGCCAAUGGAGAAAGCAUUGUCACUGCUUCUGCAAAAGGAAUCAACACUGGUGGAAGGUUGGGAUCGAGACACAGUAGCCAGGAACUGGACCCGUCCGGUUGUGGUUCAAGAAGGAGUCGAUCCCAUCCCGUAUCUUCCACCCCCAACCGAAUGGAUUCCACUUCCCCCUCCAUUGGAAGCCCCAGACAUGUGUCUCACCUCGAAAGCGACAUGGAGCUUGACAGGGGAGAAACUAGGGUGGGAGUUUUGGGAGGAACAACUCUCACCUCAGAUAGUGUGGGUUCCGGAGAGCAGCUGGUUUCUCAACAAAAUGUCGCUACUGGGAAGCAUGAAGAUCGUCCACUUGAUUAUUCAACGGGAGGAAGUUCCAUGUGCCAUGAGAGCUCGCUUCAUUCAGAAGACUAUUCCGUUCUACUUCCCAGAAG